UGUUGGCCACAUUAGAAGUGCUGGCUGCGUUAGAAGUGUUAGCCGAGUUAGAAGUGUUAGCUGCGCUAGGAGCAAUCGCCACUUUAGAAGUGCUAGCCACAUUAGAAAUGCUAGCCGCAAAAGAAGCGUUAGCCACGUUAGAUGGGCUAGCCGCAGUAGAAGUGUUAACCGCAUUAGAUGCGUUAUCCGUGUUAGAAGUUUUGGUUUGUAGGUUUUGACGGAAAUACCUCAGGUAGUAAAGGUUCAAAGUGCAAAAAAAACAAACAAACAAACAAAAAAACAUAUCUGUAGGGUCGCCGGCUAUAGCAGUAUCUUUAAACCGAAGUGUUUGGAAGUAGCUGGGGUGGGGGGUGAUUUUCCAAUAUUUGACUUUCCUCCGGCUAAUGAUUUUUAGCCGCCAUCUUGCCUGCCACCAAGUCCCCCUCAAAUUAAUCAGCACUCUGGAUUAUAAAGCACACUGUCAUUUUUUUAAAAUAAACAAAAGCUUUAAGUAUACCAUAUAGUUUGUAAAAUUAGGUAAAUACUUAGAUUACCUCACGGGUUACUGAUACUGGACAGUUUUGAAUGAAAAUACUUAAGUUGUCUAUUAAUUCAGGUCCAGUCGUCCUACAGAAGGGAUGAACACAAUUUUGAAUAAUGCAGUAAAUGGAUUAUUAAAAUAGCCUCCAAUGACAUAAGGGUUGACAUAAUCUACUUUUACUUUGGAGAAUCAGCAAAAAAUAAAAAAAUAAAAAAUCAGCACAAAUCUCAAUUUUCAUAAUAAAAUUCUGUUUUUUGUAUCUUCCUGCUGCUGAAAGCAUGCGUGUCCAUGUGACAGUCAGAUGAAAAAGUUGUCGUGACAUCACAGAUCUUUUCAGUCUCCAACCAUCUUUAUGUAAUAUUGUUUUCACUGUGUGGCAGGAGUGGACACCAUUAGGCCUCAGCUUUUAUUUUGGAGACACACCCUUCUUUGGGACGGCAGAGAACAAAGCUUUGAACAGAGCAUCAAAGGAAACAUAUUUUGUAGAAUUAAGACAGUAACAAAUCUAUUUUCUGUUUUUGCUGCAGAUAACGUCACCAUAAAAGCAUUAAAUAUUUCUUUUUGGACAGAAGUUUUUGCACUAUAUAGAUAAAAUCACAAAAGAUAAUAUUAGAAAUUGCAUAUCGUACGUCACGUCUAGUUUCAUUCCAGCCAUUUUUUUUUUUUUUCAAAAUCUUGAUACCCAUCACCGUUUCUCUGCUUAGUUUCACUCCAAUAUCAAAUAGUGGUUGUCACAGUUCUUUUCAUCUGUCUUUUUUUUCUCUCUCCGUUCAAGAGUCAGACAUUUCUAUUAUUCACGUCCCCGAUGAGGCUACAUGAUCCCAUUAGCAUCAACCCCUGGCAGAUCACGAGGCGGCAGCGACAGCCUGUCUGUGAGCAACUCUGCACGGCAAACACACUAAGCCUCUAUUAAAGCUCGUUUAUGGAAGUUUAAUGCUGCGCUUUAAUACCAUCAUGACACUGUUUUAAAUCACUAAUCCAGCUGUAACAACAAAGUACCUGUCUGUGUGGAGCCACUUUAUGCUUAAGCCAGUUUGCUAUAUUUAAAUUGUUGUUUUAAAAUGAACUAAACUUAAUUCUACUUCAAUUUUCUUGUGUCUUGAAUGCUAAAUUUGGUAAGUCUGUUUUCGAUUCAGUCUUGAACUGGAACUUUAACUCCUCUGUUAAAUUAACCAAACACUGCAGCCUCUCCCUGUUCUUAACUCACCAAAGCUCACCGGCCUAUUCAUCCGUCCUCUUAUGUGCUUAAAAGCAGUCAGUGGCUGCAUGACUCACUUGAUUGAGGAAUGAGCCGAAAAAAAAAAACAUAUCCUGGCUCAUUUGACGCACAGCACCUGUGAGCUCGCAAAAUCGCACGUCACAUGUUUCGAGCCUGAUUUAGACCAGAGACAAAGGCGUGGAUGAAACCCGAGCUUGCCAGCCUCCUCUCUGUUGCCAUGACGACAGCUGCCAUCUCCAGUCCCCUCUGUGUGAAGAGGCUCAAAGGACUUGUGGCAGAAGACUCCGCCCACACUGGUGGUGGUGGUGGUGGUGGGGAUUCACAGAUCAAACCUAGCUAUACACAAAAGUGAUAUUUGAAGAAUCUGGGCCCUUCUUCGGUCAAAUGAUUCUUUUCCAUCUCUGCCCUGCGCGGCCUAUUUACAGCCCGCAGCUGAAGGCGGUACAGGGUGUGUUGCUAUUGCUGGCAGGUGCAGGAGCAGGUUGAGCAGGUUGUUCUCUGAAUGCCACUCUGUUGGGCCCUCCUCCCUCCUCCUCCUCCUCCCUGCUUCCCUCUCCAGGACGGCUGGUGAUUCAGUCUUACAAAGUGGCAGGUGAGCGAAAAGAUUUGGUUGCCUGUGCACCUGUUCUCAUCCGAUACAGCCGAAAGAAUAAGAUUGACUCAGAGACACAAUGAAGUCCCUCAAAAUUGCAGCAGGUCUACUUCUGCUUGUUCAAGCGUUUCACCUGGCACUGCUUCAAGACUCGACGGACUCUCCCGGACGCACCAUUCCCCAAAGCUGGCUCCGUGACCAAAAACAAAAUGCUCUUGUCACAAAAGAAGAGAAUGACUAUGAUCAGGGUUUUAGUAGCGGGACACCAAUGGAUGACACAACCAUGGGACCUGAAGAGGAGAAAAAUGUGGACAGGACUGACCGAGACAUGUCAAAUAACCAAAGUAAAAACUCAAUAGGCCAGCAAUCAGAAUUUGAGAAUAAUACAAUUGUGGAGCAAGAAUUUUCAGAUGCCAACAUCUCUGAUGUGAGCCAAACCAACACCACUCAGCUUGAAGAGGUACUUAAUGCAACAGCAAAUGUGGAGAAUGCGACCCGCGCUGGAGAUUUUUCAAACAGCACUGAGAUACAAUCAACAACUUCCGCUCCAGAGAACAACACAACAGCGCCGGAUGUGAACAAAGGGCUAACAAACAGUACAGAAACUAACAAUACCACCGUCCAACCUACAGCUGCACCAAACCCAGAAAACAGCACUGGAACAAACUUCACAACUGCACCAGAUCUAAACGAUGGAAUCAAAAACAGCACAGAAACCAACAACACGACCAUCCAGUCUGUUGCUCCAAACCCAGAAGACGGCGCUGGAACAAACAUCACAACUGCAGCGACCACAGCAGGACAGGAGACAUCUACCCUGUCUCCAUUUACAACAGUGCAGAACCCAGAGAGUUCAUCAACUGCUGCUCUCAAUACACUGGAGAAGACCAACAGGACUGGCACACUCGUGGGGGGCUCAGAAAAAGGUUUGGAAACAGACCCUUACAGGAGUAGGAGGAGUGUGGCGUGGGUUGCUGUGCUGGGAACGGUGGCAGUGGUGGCUGUUGUCGGAUUUGUUGCGUACAGCGUCAUGAAGAAGCGACAACAAAAGGCUUUCGCCCACAGGAAGCUGGUUGAAGAGUUCCCCUCAGAACCAGUUCUUAGAUUAGACAACGGGGAGCCUUUGGACUUGCGCUAUGGUGGUUCCGGUUAUUACAACCCAGGACUCCAAGGAGACGACAUCCAAAUGACCAACAUACCAUCACGCCGCUGAAACGCCUCAAGAUCAAAGUUACAAACUCUUUUUAAAGAAAGCGUGCCAUUCAUGGUUACCACAAUCGGACGGAACGUGGAGUUUUGUAAAUAGGACUGUCUUCACAGGAACGUUUGGGAAAGGGGACCAGGGUCUGCUGUUAAUGAUCACAAAUGAUACUUCACAUAUACACAGUUUAUGCAAUGAAUUAGCGAGAUUUAUUGUGCUAAAGAAAAGGGAACUGCUGAUGGUAAUCUGAGGAACACUAUAACAGCCAAAGUAAACGUUUGGCUCAUUUAUUUCGCCAAAGGGAAUCAAAUGAAGACGUUUUUUUUCAGAUGAAGGAUACAAAACAUUUUUAUAUAUACAUACAUAUUUUUUCUUAAAUGUAACUCUCCUUUUGAGGGUAGAAAUAGAAGCAUUAAUAGAUAGGCAAUCCAAAUCAAAUGAGAAACGGCUGAAUGCUGCUUCUGCUGAUGGACACACAUGAAUAAAGGGGAGAAAUGCCAGCGUCCCACUGUGUGAGAACAGAUGACACAGCUGGUCCACUGAGGCAUUUGAGACGAAAUUCAGAAGGCACGGGGAACAAUAACAUCAUCCAUAUCAGCAAUCACCUGCUGCUACAGCAUGAGGCAGGCAAUAACAAGUCAAAUUUAUAUCACGCUUUGAGAUGUUCCAGAACUGGCAGUCGCAGCCAGAGCCGCGAAUUGAGCCGUCAAAACAGAGGACUACCACCUCCCCGCACACACGCUCGCAAGAGCUUUUUUUUGUUAUUUAGAGAGCCCAGUUUCAGCAUUCUGGGAAAGAGUUGUGCCUUAGCAUUACUUAGCUUUCAAUAAUGAUAAUACAUUGCUCCGGUCUUCUGACCUCCAGGUGUCCAACCCAGCACGUAUUUGAAGUGGUCGCAGCCACAAGUGCACCUUAAAAAAGCAUGUCAUUUUCCCUGCAAAUAGUCAAGAGCCAUUAUUCUUUUUUAUUUGUAUUUUUGGGGGGUUUGUUAAAUUGGCCUUAACCUCGACAGAUCCUAGGAGAGUGUUUUAUUUGCAGGGCUUAAAUGAAAUCUUUGACCUAUGCACUUCAUGUUUUUUCUAAGAUCUAAGUGUCCUGAUUUUUUCUUACCUUCAGUUAGCAUUAAAGACCCACUCCAAUCAACUUAUGAUCUAUUUUCCAGUCGUCUUUAUUUAUGAUUAUGCCGUUUUUAGCCAAAAUCAACAAACUUCCCGUUCAUUCAAAACUGGCCUCUGAAUUGUGGGAGGGGAGUAGCCAUUGACCAAUGGGAGAAACCCUGCACUUAUUUCCCAUCAUCCCUUUGUUUACACUUCCUCUCGCUAGCUUAUAGCCCCUCACAACCCCAAGCUAGCAUUAGCAUUGCCUGAAAGGGGUCUUCAGGGAGCGUCAACGCAUCCACCAUGAAGUUCUCAAGAAGAUCCAUUCAGGAUCCACAUUUCUUCUGCAUGAAAGGAUUCUUUUACAGCAGAAACUCUAGACUGGUUGAGUCUAGCAUAGAAAAAAACUAAUCAUGAAAUGUGAGCAUGAUUCUGUGACUCUGGUUAAUCUUUAGGUGAUUUUUUUUAGUGAUUUUUAUAAAUAAAGUUUAUUAAAUUAAUAAAGAUGGUGAGCAAUAUCCGGGCCAGAUGAUAGCUUGGACCUAUAUGGAUCUAUUGUCCUAUAAGUGGAUGCAUCGGAGUGGAGGGGAUCAGGAAUAAUUUACUUAACGACUACAAGCUUUUUCAAACUGCAUUUUUUCAUCUGCUCCUCAUUCACAUUGAUUUGAAUAAAGAAAUACUCAGAAAUUUAAUUUUAUGCUACAAGAGCAUGUUAAAAACGCAAUUUUAAUUGGAGUGGGUCUUUAAAAUAUUUGUAUACUUUUUAAUUGUAUAUUUAAAAAGAUGUUUUAGCUUGCUCCAUCUUCUCAAUCAUUACCAGAGUGAAGCCUGUAUUCAAUCAAUAGGGGCUGUGAUCAUGAUUGAUACUGUAUGUGCCUCGGUGCUGCCUAACAGCAAGUCAGAAAUGUUUUUUUGUGGAGCGGUUCGAUGCAGCGGGCGUGUCAGCUUUGCUCCUUUCUGUGCUCUAAUUUCUGACAUCAAUCAGUGCUGUGCAUCACCGCCCUAAAGAAUCACUGCAAUUACUGCUGCAAUAAUAGAACAGAUUGAUAAUUGGAGACUUCAACACCUUUGCUUGUAAGAUAAAACAAACCUGAUGAUGCCUUAAUAAAACCCUGGAAAAUGUC